AUGUCUGCUGGUGCUGCUGCAUGCCCAUCAGCUUCUGAAGCACCAUCUUCUGUUCAGAAAGAACCUUCUACUGUUGCUGCUGCUACAGCCAUUGUUGCUGCAGCACCUGGGAUCUCAUCCAUGAUGCCAUCAGAAAUCUGUUUGGUUACUGAAGAGCCUCAUCCAGACACUGGUUCAUCACAGCAAGAGCAGUGUUUGCACAACCAGCUACUCAACAAACACCAGCAGGAACACAUCACUGCACAGCAGGAACAGAUCAACCAGCAACUUCAACAGCUCAAACAGCAGCAGCAGCAGCUCCAACAGCAGCAGCUCCAACUGGAACAGCAGUCAAUCCCAUCUCCAACCACUGUCAUGAGCCCAACUGUCCCUGUGAGACCAGAGAUGCUGCUGCCAAUGGCCCAACCCCUGCCUCCCAAUGCCAAGAUUGCUGCCUUCCAAGAGUGUAUCAAAGAAAUUCCUGGCAAUACAUUGGCUCCAGCUCUGGCAGUGAAUGUUACAGAUGCUGCCAGGACCCGAAACAUCAAAUCUGAUAAUACCACUUCUGUGGAGCAUGAUUCUCAAGUUGUCCUCCAGAAAGAAAUAGCUGAUGUUGCCAAGCUGUUAUGCAACCAUGCAGCUGCAGCAAUUGUUGAUGCUGUGGAGACACAGUUCAAGGCCAUGCAGGGACAAGAGGUGUGGAUUGCUCUGUUCACCAGCACAUACCAUUGA